UCAGCUUAGGCUGGCCAAAAAGCAGGCUCUGUCGUCGCUCUGAAUGUGACUAUAACUUUCGGCAUACAACCAAUCAAAAUUCUGGCAAAACAUUGAAAUGGCUGCCAACCAGGACUCGUCGGUGUCCUCGCGCAUCACGCUCUUCAACCAGCAGGCGGAGCAGCACCAGAACUGGAUGAUGAUCAACCCCUUCGCGCACUACAACGUGAGCGAGAUGCCCAAGAGGAGCUUUCCGCAGGAGGAGUACGGCAGGGCUCCGGCGGGAAGUCUCUCCGAGCAGAGGUCCUUGCAGGCCAGCGUCCGCGCUCUGGAGGAGAUCCUGGAGCUCUGCGAAAUGAUUCAGAGUUCCGGCCAAGACGAUCCCGAAAACGGUCUGAAAGCACUGACUUUUGGACCCCUUUUCGAACUGUACAACGACAUAUCCGACAAGCUGCUGGCCACCUUGUUGGGAGCCCGCAAGCACGGCUUCGUGGACUUCAGCGGGGAAACGCUUUUCCAAGGACGAGACGACACCGUUCCCGUGCGCCUGGUGCGCCCUUUCGAGGAGCUAAAGGCCGAAAUCCUGGCCAAGGUCGCGGAUCUACGCUGCAUUUUCACCGAAAAGCCCGAGGAGUCGGCAGUCCUGCGCGGGUCCAACUAAUGUUUUCAAUUUAAGGGCGGCGAUAAAACUUGUCACCCGAUUCCUGACCCGUGUCAAAGGCGGCACGUGUGCACCUCAGCCGGUUCGCAGCUAAUUCAAUUAAAGUCUGGCAGCCUGACCAAAGGCUUUUGCCCGACAGCGAGCCACCAAGCCGUAAACCACCAAUCCCGUCACGUAUACGACAGGUGGGCCUGCUCGCGAACACCUGGCGGGGGCUUUUCGAUCCCACAACACCGCUGCGAUUGUAUCACCUCCAGGAAGUAAACAAAUUACAGCCGA